CUUGCUUUACUGGGGUUAACUUUGACGACAUUCGCAACAUGUCUCUUAGAAACAAACUCAGCGAUGUGUAUUUGCUCAUCGACACUAAGUUCGCUAAACAAUUUGGAUUCAAGAUGAAAGAAACCACAGUAUCGAAGCUGGCGCUUUAUUUGCAUGAGCCGAAAGAUUCUUCGAGUUUGGCUGUCACUAGAAUUUUAUUUGGUCUAGCCAUGCUGUUCGAUAUACCCGACGAGCGCGGGGGAGCAACGAUGAUGCAAAGAUGGGGCGACCCUAAAAUGUGCCAUUUUCCUGUCUUUCCGUUUAUACAAGCUAUUCCGAUGCCCUACAUGGCGCUUGUGUAUGCCGCCAUGUGGCUUGGAGCUGUAGGCAUAAUGCUGGGGUAUAAAUACCAUCUAUCAGCGCCACUGUACACUGCCUGCCACUGGUACCUGUUACUCAUCGAGAAGAGCUUCUGGAACAACCACAGCUAUCUGUUCGGACUGGUCGCUUUGCUGCUCAGCUGCACAGAAGCAAACUGUUAUUGGUCCAUAGACGCUUAUUUAAAACCUUCACUAAAAAAAACAACAGUACCCUACUGGAACUACUUCAUCUUGAAGUACCAGUUCUUCAUCUUGUACUUCAUGGCGGGAAUGAAGAAAGGCACCGCGGAGUGGCUCACUGGUUAUUCAGUACAGAAUCUAAGCGAACACUGGGUUUUCACACCUUUCACGUUAUUUCUCACAGUGCCGCAGACGGACUACAUCAUUGUUCACUGGUUUAUAUUCGUGUUCGACCUGACGGUGGCGGUGUGGAUGAUGUUGGCGCGCACUCGACCGAUCGCGAUGGUCUUCUGCGCCCUCUUCCAUCUCAUGAACAGCAGAUUAUUUACUAUCGGAAUGUUUCCUUGGGUUUGCUUGGCGACAAUGCCUCUAUUCUAUUCCUUUGACUGGCCAAAACAAGUUCUUCUGAAAUUCGAAGUAGUCUUACAUAUCUUAUCCGAGGCAACAUCCAAGAAAAUGAACAAUGCAACACUUUGUGAAAGUAAUCGAGAAAUUAAUGAUGACAAACAAUUAAAUGAUUCAACUUCUGGUUUAAAUAAUGAUAAAAAUUCGGAAGAUUAUGAAGGAGCCUCCAAGAAACCAACUGACGAGUUUGAUUAUAAUACUAUUAAAGAUGGCUUGACCAAUUCAGAUUUGAAUGAAAGUAAUGCAGAGGUAACUGAAGAAAUAAAUAAUGUUCAACACAGUGAUAAAAAAGAUCAAAUUAAAUAUAAAACUGCAAACGAAAAGAGAACGACGUAUAUAAUUUUAUUUUACGUUUUUAUUCAGGGUUUUCUACCGUAUUCGCAUUUUAUUACCAAGGGUUAUAAUAACUGGACGGAUGGUUUAUAUGGAUACUCUUGGGAUAUGAUGGUUCAUACUUGGGAUGUACAAUCAGUCGUAGUAAAAAUUGUCGAUAACAAUAAUCAUAAGGAGCUCUACGUUGAUCCCUACAUUUAUACUCUUAAUGAUAGAUGGUCAAGGCAUGGUGAUAUGGUUUACCAAUACGCUAAAUGUUUGAAAGAAAAAUUGUUGAUGGAAUUUAAACACCAAAGUAAUAGGCUUUUAUCGGAGAACAUUUCAAUUUAUAUAGAUGUCUGGUGUUCUAUGAAUGGCAGGUUUACACAACGAAUGUUCGACCCAAAUUCUGAUAUAUUAAAAGCCAAUUGGUCACCAUUUCAAAGGAUUCCAUACUUAUUGCCAUUGCUUGAUGAGUCUCUAGCAUGGAGACAGCGUUUAGAUGCGAUCAGGAAAAAUGUAUAUUCAUGGAAUAAUUAUAGUGAUGUGAUAUUCUUCGCUGAUUUUCCAGGUUAUUACCAAGAGAAAUACAUUCCAGAAGAACUGUAUAACGUUACCCUGACCGUGUUAGAAGGUACAGUCAUCUUUGAACCAGAAGUAACAAAUUUUCUUAUCGGCCAAUCGUACCAAUUAACUAAUGAAGAUUAUGUCCAUGUAAAGGCGGGAAACUUUCACAAAGUUAUCAACAUUGGAAAAUCCCCAGCAUUUUAUAUGUAUACUUUCAUGAAUAGCACAGAAAUAAAGAAAACACAAGAAGCAAAACCUAAACUUCCGAUAUUCAAAGAACUACGCAGACGGUUCAACGGAAUGAUCACUUUUUGCAAUUUAUUAUGUGAUAAUUUUAUGCAACUCUUAUACAAGUCACCCAAUAAAUGUACAUAA